CUGGCUGGGAGAGAGAGGGCUGUCUGAGAGUAUGCUGGACUGGAUGCCUCGGCCUGUCAGCUCUGCAGUGGAGUCAUAUUAUUCAGGUACAGGAGGGAGCCAGAUUCCCGUGUUGUGUGUUCAUCGUGCUGACACUAUUAGACAGACAAGAGGGGUGGAGCUUUAGAGGUGGACCUAACCAAGGACAACUGUCUGGUUUCUUCUCAGUGUAUGGGGCAGUUUCUCACCUGAUGCUGAAGGGAUCCUUCCAAUGUUGACUCUUUGAUCUUCCCUUCAACCCAAGGGCUUCUAAAUGACUAGACUACAGAGGGGAGUGCUAAAGUAUUAGGUCUCGCUGAGGCAUUGGAUUGAAGUUUGCAAAGUAAAAACAGCAGACGUGAGUGAGUGGCACAGGAGAUCUCAGUUGGAGCCUGCCUUGAGGACCUAUCUAUGAGCCUAUGACUGUGGCCAUGACAGCCUCCGACAGCAGCUUCCAGUACCGUGCGCUCUUUGAGUACAAACGGGAACGUGGUGAUGACAUCAGCCUCCAGCCGGGGGACGUCCUGACGGUCCUGAAAGCCUCCCUAAAGGACUACCAGGAAGGGGACGAGCGCAGCCCCAAGGGAUGGCUGCACGGCACCAACGAGCGGACCAAGGAGAAGGGCGACUUUCCUGGGACGUUUGUGGAGUAUGCAGGGGUGGUGAGGCAGGUGCUGCCUGUGGUCAAGCCCUGGCCCAGGCCCGUACCCCCAACCCCUGGGGGAACACAGAGCAGUGUCGGGCCCGGGCCCCAGCCUCCAGGGGCCACUGCAGCAGGAGGUGGGGGGCCAAGGGAGGCCCCAGAGGUGUGUGCUCUGCCUGAACAGGCUCCUGUGGCACUACACAGGCUGAUAGAAGCUCUGGAGAGACAAGGCUUGGAGAGUGAGCCACUGUACCGGACACCCCCAGCCUCCACCGGACCCCCAGAACUGAGACAGGCUCUUGACACAGACCCAGUCUCAGUGGAUGUGGACCAGUAUGAAGUGGCAGUGUUGUCUGAUACUCUGAGGGGUUUCCUCCAGGACCUGCCCUCCCCCAUCAUCCCAGCUGUGGUCUACAGUGAACUGGUCUAUACUGCCCAAGAAACUCAGAGCAUAGAGGACUGUGGCGAGAAGCUGAAGAGGAUCCUGGAGUCCCCCAGCGUGCCCCAGGCCAACCACCAGCUCCUGGUGCACCUCACCAGACACCUGGUCAAGGUGGCCCAGAGUGAAGCUCAGAACCAGGCCAGCCCCAGGCUUCUAGGCCAGGUCUUCAGUGAGACCAUCUUCAAACACUCCCACUUCAGUGCGGACGUAAACCCAGAGCACCAUGUGAAGAUCAUGGAGGCCCUGAUUGCAGCCGGGGGACUGGUGGAAAUGCAGGCAGCCCCAGCUCUUCCUCCCAAGCCGGCCAAGCCCAUGACUCCAGUGAGCAGCAGCAAUGGUGUGAAGGAAGGGGCUGGGGGGUCGCUACAGGAAGCAGAAUGGUACUGGGGAGACAUAUCAAGGGAAGAGGUGAAUGAUAAGCUGAGAGACAUGCCUGAUGGGACCUUCUUGGUUCGGGAUGCCUCCACAAAAAUGCAGGGCGACUACACACUAACACUGAGGAAAGGGGGGAACAACAAGUUGAUCAAAAUCUACCACCGGGAUGGGAAGUAUGGUUUCUCCGACCCCCUGACAUUUGGUUCUGUGGUGGAGCUGAUUAGUCACUACAGACAUGAGUCUCUGGCCCAGUACAACACCAAGCUAGACGUCAAACUCAUGUACCCCAUCUCACGCUACCAGCAGGAUCAGCUGGUGAAAGAGGACAACAUUGACGCGGUGGGGAAGAAACUCCAGGAGUACCACAAUCAAUACCAGGAGAAGAGCAAGGAGUACGACCGGCUUUAUGAGGAAUACACCAAGACCUCACAGGAGAUUCAGAUGAAGAGGACGGCCAUCGAGGCCUUCAACGAGACCAUCAAGAUCUUCGAGGAGCAGUGUCACACGCAGGAGCGCUACAGCAAAGAGUACAUUGAGCGCUUCCGCCGGGAGGGCAACGACAAGGAGAUCGAGAGGAUCAUGAUGAACUAUGAGAAGCUUAAGUCUCGUCUAGGGGAGAUCCACGACAGUAAGAUUCGUCUGGAGCAGGACUUGAAGACCCAGGCACUGGACAACCGAGAGACGGACAAGAAGAUGAACAGCCUCAAACCUGACCUCAUCCAGCUCCGCAAGAUCAGGGACCAGUACCUUGUCUGGCUCAAUCACAAAGGAGUGCGACAGAAACGAAUUAACGACUGGCUGGGGAUCAAGAACGAGAACACAGAUGAAGGGUACUUUGUGAGUACGGAGGAGGAUGAAAACCUGCCCCACUAUGAUGAGAAGAGCUGGUUUGUAGGAGACCUGAACAGAAUCCAGUCUGAAGACCUUCUACUAGGCAAACCUGACGGAGCCUUCCUCAUCAGGGAGAGCAGCAAGAAGGGCUGCUACGCAUGCUCCGUAGUUGUGGAGGGCGAGGUUAAGCACUGUGUGAUUUACAGCACGCAGAGGGGCUACGGCUUCGCUGAGCCUUACAACCUGUACAGCUCUCUGAAAGACCUGGUCCUGCACUACCACCAGACCUCCCUUGUCCAGCACAACGACUCGCUCAAUGUGCGCCUGGCCUACCCUGUCUACGCACAGAUGCCCUCAUCCUCCGGCCCUGCCCCACGGAGAUGAGCACCCCCCCCACCCAGCCCCAGGAUGGAUGAGGGGACAGGGGGUGGGGGGGUAACUAUUACCCAGAACCUGAGAAAAUACCUGAGAUGGGGGGAAAAGUGGGAAACACUUGCUGCGACACACACGUCAGCCACCUUGGAGUUAUAUAUAUUUUUACUAGAACAAUUGGAGGGCAUUCUUUCUAAAGACUGCUUGAUUUGCACAAGGACGUUUUAAAUGUUUGUGAAUGUGAAAAAACUGAAGGAAAAGAGAAGAGCAGAGUUUUAGGUGACCCUGCUGCAACCUAAACUCCAGCCAGGGCUCUUUUACAGAUUUAACGACAACAUGAAGACGCUCAAUUUUAAGGCUGUCGUCCGUCUGUCGCCCCAAUUUUUUCUUUUCUUUUUUUCUUUCCUUUUUCUCUUCUGGUUUUGUUCUCUUUCUUUUUUUAUUUGGACAAUUUAUUUUGUUCACCGCUUGUUUGCUAAAUGCAAGAGAUGAUGAUUAUAAUGAUGUCGAGUGUAUGUUCUCUGUCCCUUUCCGAAUCAGAAGCAAAAAUAAUGUAGCAUAACAGACAAAAGAUGCUUGUUCAGUGUCCCUCCAUAUAGACUGCUGCUGAAGGGUUGGGGGGGAGGGUGAAGGGAAGGGAGGGAAGAGUCGAGAGGGGUCACAAGUGAGAGAAAAGUGUUUUGUAGUCUUAAAAGAAGGAAAAAAAAGCUUGAUUUUAUACUAACCAUAGAUGGAGAGUGAGUUUGUUUUCUUGAUGGCUGGAUCAUAUUUCCUUUGACACAUUGUAAGUCAUGUCGUUAUAGUCACCUACAGAGACCAAAGUUGGCAUGGGCAGAAACAAGUCCAUUGUGUUUUUAUUAGUCUGUAUGAAUGGAGAAGAUUGAAAAAGAGUGGUUGCUUUGUUUAAUACCACACACGAAACAGAGUUUGGGCCAAGUGCUCGUGCACUAUAAGCUCUGAGGGGAUGGUACGCACAGACGGAGAUGGUCGGUAGGUUUGACCGUCUAGACGGCGGUCACGGGUCGGGGUAGAAGCACUUAUCUAAGAGGAGAGCCCAGCCAAGGCGGCACCGUACGGUUUGACACCAAAACUCCAAAACUACGGAGAAACAAACGACCUUAGAACCUGAAACAUGUUUUGUUUUAAACAAAAUAUUAUUUGUAGUAUAUACUAAUGUCUGUUUGAAACAAACGGGGACUUUAUGUAUCGGUUACGGAACCUUUGAGAUAAUAGGCUUUGAACUGUUUUAGUGUACACGAAGCUGGUAAGGGAGGGGGGAGUUUCAAGUUGAAGACGAAUGCAUUUGAUGAUGAUAAAAACUUGAAGAAAGUGCAAUCCAACAAUGUAUUAUGAUUAUUUAGGUUAGCAGUCACCCGGAGAGCUGAACGAACCCAGCUUCCAGACAGACUCGCAGGAGAGAUAAUCAAAGUGCACAUUGAAGCUUUUGAAGAUAUAUUGCUUUUCUUUUCUUUCCUUUUUUUGUUUUGUUUUUGUUUGUUUUUCACUCAAACUUCUUACCGGUGCUUGACUUUGAGACCAGUGGAAACAUUUCUGUUGAAAAUAAAAUAUUAUAACAUCGCACAAUAAAUAUUGACAAAAUGACAAACAA